CUUGUCUGCAGGCCAAUAUGGCAGCCAAGUGGAUUUCCCAAGAGACGUUUGAUGAUGUGGUACAGGAAAAUAUCGUUGAGUUUGGAAUGGAUCCGGAAGAGGCAUUGAAUGAAGCCAUCCAGCAGUUUGAAUCUCAAGGCGUAGAUUUAAGUAAUAUAGUAAAGAUGGUACCCAAUCCAGCUUCAGAGAAUGGCCAAGAACAGAAGCACGUGGUUUUACAGAUAUUGGACUGUCUCCAGAAAGCCGUCAUCGAUGCGGAUUCAAGCAAGGUGGAUGAAUCUUUGGUGAACUUUGCCAAACAGUGCAGACAGGAGCUGUCGGUCCGUUAUCUGGCUGCCCAGAAAGGUGCCUAUCCUGCCGUCCUGGCGGCUUGUCGGCUGGCAUCAGAAGAGCGAUGCUCCCUUUUAAAAGCCCUCCAAGCCCUCUCUGCCCUCCUAGAUGGCCAGCCUGACCUCCUGGAUGUGCCCGGGCAGGAGCUGCUGCUGCGAGUGAUUCAGGAGAGUCGAGAUGACGCCGACCUCACUUUGGCUGGGAUCCGUUGCAUCCGCUAUGCUUGCCUGAAACAUGAGCAGAAUCGGCAGGAUCUUGUGAAAGGGGGCAUCCUUGCCCUACUGGCUGAGGCUAUAGUCCGGCACGGGGACCGGGCAGACGUGGUCCGGGAGGCCUGUUCAGGGCUCCGCAUCAUGACCUUUGAUGAUGACAUCCGGGUGCCCUUUGGCCAUGCCCAUGAUCAUGCCAGGAUGAUUGUGGCUGAGCAUAAUGGCUUGGGAAUCCUGAUAGAGGCAGCCAAAGCCUUCACUGAUGACUGUAGUGUUUUGAGUGAAAUCUGUGCCACUUUGGCACGCCUGUCUGUUCGGAAUGAAUUUUGCCAGGAGAUCAUGGACCUUGGAGGCUUAAACUUCAUUGUGGCACUGUUGGCAGACUGCAUUGAGCACCAGGAGCUGGUGAAACAGGUGCUCAGUGCCAUCCGGGCCAUUGCAGGCAAUGAUGAUGUAAAAGAUGCCAUUGUCAAUGCAGGAGGGACCGAUCUCAUUAUUUUGGCCAUGAGUCGCCACCUUGGCAACCCGCAGGUGUGUGAACAAAGUUGUGCGGCAUUGUGUAUGCUAGCGUUGCGCAAGCCAGAGAACUGCAGAGUCAUCAUGGAAGGCGGGGGAGCCUUGGCAGCUCUGCAGGCCAUGAAGAUGCACCCCAGGGAAGUUGCUGUGCAGAAACAAGCUUGCAUGCUGAUUCGCAAUUUGGUCUCGCAUACGCAAGACUUCUCCCAGCCCAUCCUGGAGAUGGGAGCAGAAAACUUGAUCACCGAAGCCCGGGCAGCCCAUCGGGACUGUGAUGAUGUGGCCAAAGCUGCCUUGAGGGACCUGGGCUGCAAAGUGGAGCUGCGGGAACUCUGGACUGGCCAGAAAGGAAGCCUGGCACGUUGAAGUCUCAACCCCCCUCCAUUGGGCAGCACCUGUGGAUGCGGAGUAGGAGAGGGAAGCAAAGAUUGGAAUAAAUCCAGACUGAGCAGUUGAGAGGAGAAGAGUGUAUUGAUGCCUCUGGAAUUGGAUAGGACUUAGUUUGCUGCAGCAGGAGGCCCGUGAUCCAUACUCUCUUGCAUUCAGCUUCUGGCCCAGGCUCCCCUU